AUGUUUUGGGGACUAAUUAUGGAACCAAACAAGCGCUACACUCAAGUGGUGGAAAAGCCUUUUCAUAUAUCACAAGCAGCCAUGGACAUAUCAACUGGAGACAAUGAUCCAUGUCAAGUAAUGGUUGUGGUUGAUGGCAAAAACUUCCUUGUUUGCACGCUGCAGAAAAAUAAAUCCAUCCAAGUGCCAUUAGAUCUUUAUUUUAAAUCUGGAGACUCUAUUUCAUUCUUGACUAAUGGUAAAUGUAAUGUCCACCUUACUGGAUAUUUAGAUCCUGAGUUUGAAGAGGAGCCAUCUGAUGAUGAAGAAGAGGCUGAAGAAGAGGAGGAGGAGGAAGAAGCACCAACACUUGUUCCAGUAAAAAAUAAACGUAAACUAGACAACAGCACAGAGUCUACUACCAACAAGAAAGCUAAACAAGACAAAAAAGCAGGGAAGAAAGGAGCUGCUGCCGCUGACAGUUCAGACUCUGAUGAUGAAGGAGAUGAAUUACAGAAAUUUUUAGAUGGAGAGGAUAUGGACAGUGAUGAGAAUGAUGAUUCUUUCAAAGUAAAUACAUCAGGUGAAGCCGACGAAAGUGAUGAAGAAGAGGACGAUGAAGAAGAGGAAGAUGAUGAAGAGGAGGAUAAUGAGAAGGCAAACAUUUCUGGGGAUUCUUACACCACCCUCGACACCAGCAAGGAAGAGACUAAAGUUGAUAUGUCUAAAUUAAGCAAGUCACAGAAACGACGGCUUAAGAAAAGAUUACAACAGCAAGGCAAAGAACAACCACAAGUGAAUGGAGUAGAUAAGCCAAAGAAGGAUAAACAAGAAGAGAAACAAAAGGGGGAAAAAAAGAAGCCAGAAGCUAAGAAAGAGGGGCAAGAGGAGAAAGGUGCUGAUAAAAAAGAAAAGAAAUCUCUGAGUGGUGGAGUUUUUAUUGAGGACUUAAAAGUGGGCAGUGGACCUGUCGCAAAGCCUGGCAAAGUUGUCAUGGUUUACUAUGAAGGUCGCCUAAAACAAAAUAACAAGAUGUUUGAUAACUGUGUGAAAGGCCCUGGAUUCAAGUUCAGAUUAGGUUCAAAGGAGGUCAUCAGUGGAUGGGAUGUUGGUGUGGCUGGCAUGAAGGUUGGGGGCAAGAGGAAGAUUGUUUGUCCACCUGCGAUGGCGUAUGGAGCUAAGGGUUCGCCACCAGUUAUUCCACCCAACUCCACCCUAGUUUUUGAAGUGGAGUUGAAGAACGUAAAAUAA